AUGGAACUUCGUGGCUCAACAACUACCAUCCUCCCCAGCACCCAGGCAUGCAAUAUACACGGUGACGACGACAACGCCCACUCGGAUACCACGAAGCAGCGGAACCUUGCUCAGGACGAGGAUGAUCUGCAACUAUGGCUUGACCACACUGGCUUCUUUGAUUUGCAAUAUCGAAAGGAGAUACUCGCCAGUGUGCGCGAGCUGAAGGCAAUAGAGCUAGCAAAGGCCAAGGUCAUGAUGAGGAUUCGGAAUAGCCGACCUUCUAGGCAGCCCCAGGCUGACGCAGUAUCAACGCCGUUGCAUGCUCCCGAAUCCGCUUCACAGUACCAACCAACUACUUCCUCCUCGCCGUCGCUUACUCCCUCGUCAAUCAGGUAUUACCAGGGGGAACGAGGACGCCCCGAGGGUGCCAGAGCGGAAAAGCAGCCUCACUCACCCGUAUCGCAACCAUUUUCCCUGAGAACUGCUCCCAACAAGAAGAACACACGUUACUUUCUCGUAAAAUCAUUGAAUAUGACCAAUGUGUACAUGUCUCAGAAAGAUGGCCUAUGGGUAACGCAAACCAAGAACGGUGCACUGUUCAGAGACGCAUUUCGAACAUGUAGAUCCGUCGUGCUCUUCUUCUCCGUAAACAAGUCCAAGGCCUUCCAGGGAUAUGCGAAAAUGACGUCCGCUCCGGACGGCAAUAUCACUCGCCCCGGGUGGAUUAAUACCACCAUGGCUGACAUGUCAACUACAUUCCCUUUCCACGUCAGCUGGCUCAACGCUUUCGAGACCCCUUUCGAUCAAUUUGGGGAUCUGAAAAACCACCUCUAUGAAGACCGUCCCGUGUUUUUCGGGCGAGACGGGCAAGAGUACCCUGACGAGUGCGGCGUCAAAAUGUUGGAGAUUAUGGACAGAGCCAAGGCCGCCGCCGAGGGACUUCGAUCGUCGCCGACGGCCACCCCUCUUUCUCCUUCCGACUCCAUACGGAAGGCAUACAUGUGUGUGGGCGCCGAAGACGGCCACGGCGGAGCGGGAGCGCGGGCGGCGUCUUCGGCAUCAGCUGGCAGGUCUGGCGCUACUCGCAGCGAGGGUCUAAGUGGUUCUAGAUGGAAGAGGAACGAGUCAGAGAUUGUGGUUUCAAGCCUCGAUUCCGACGGCGAUGCCCGGCAGCCAGAAACGGUGAAUGAGUACCUGUUGUUGGACUAUCCUUGA